GCUCCGAUCCACCUCAGUUCAAAGUGCAAAUUGACGAAGCGAAGCAAACACGAGGAGCUCUUCUUCCACCCUCACGCACGCCGAGGUUUGCUUGACGAGACAAAGGAGACCAAGAGAUCCAUGGCGGCGGUGACGAUCCAGUCCGUGAAGGCGCGGCAGAUCUUCGACAGCCGCGGCAACCCCACCGUCGAGGUGGAUGUGGGGCUCAGCGACGGGAGCUUCGCGAGGGGCGCCGUUCCCAGCGGCGCUUCCACUGGAAUAUACGAGGCCCUGGAGUUAAGAGAUGGAGGAUCUGAUUAUCUCGGCAAAGGUGUUCUUAAGGCCGUGAACAAUGUAAAUGCUAUUAUUGGACCAGCGCUGAUUGGAAAGGACCCAACUGAACAGGUUGACAUUGAUAACUUCAUGGUCCAACAGCUUGAUGGAACCUCCAACGAUUGGGGUUGGUGCAAACAAAAGCUUGGUGCAAACGCGAUUCUCGCAGUGUCACUUGCAGUGUGCAAGGCUGGAGCCAUGGUGAAGAAAAUUCCUCUCUACCAGCAUAUUGCAAAUCUUGCCGGGAACAAGACCCUCGUGCUGCCUGUGCCUGCCUUUAAUGUGAUCAAUGGCGGUUCUCACGCUGGUAACAAACUUGCCAUGCAGGAGUUCAUGAUCCUCCCAACUGGCGCCUCCUCUUUCAAGGAGGCCAUGAAGAUGGGAGUUGAGGUGUACCACCACCUGAAGAGCAUAAUCAAGAAGAAGUAUGGUCAAGAUGCCACAAACGUUGGGGAUGAAGGUGGCUUUGCACCUAACAUUCAGGAAAACAAAGAGGGCCUCGAACUAUUGAAGACAGCUAUAGCCAAGGCAGGCUACACUGGAAAAGUGGUUAUCGGAAUGGAUGUUGCUGCCUCUGAAUUUUACAGUGAGAAGGAUCAGACUUAUGAUCUUAAUUUCAAGGAGGAGAACAACGACGGUUCACACAAAAUUUCAGGCGACAGCCUGAAAGACAUGUACAAAUCCUUUGUUUCCGAUUACCCUAUUGUGUCGAUCGAAGACCCAUUCGACCAGGAUGACUGGGCCACCUACGCCAAAAUGACCGCUGAGAUCGGACAGCAAGUGCAGAUUGUAGGCGAUGACCUUCUUGUCACUAACCCCACGAGGGUAUCCAAGGCUAUCAAUGAGAAGACCUGCAAUGCUCUUCUCUUGAAGGUGAAUCAGAUUGGCUCAGUGACAGAGAGCAUUGAAGCUGUGAGCAUGUCCAAGCGUGCAGGGUGGGGAGUGAUGGCAAGCCACAGGAGUGGUGAGACAGAGGACACCUUCAUUGCUGACCUCUCCGUCGGUCUGGCCACGGGUCAGAUCAAGACAGGAGCUCCAUGCCGGUCUGAGCGUCUGGCCAAGUACAACCAGCUGCUGAGGAUCGAAGAAGAGCUCGGCGACGCGGCAGUCUACGCCGGAGCAAACUUCAGGGCGCCGGUGGAGCCAUACUGAAAAACCCUACACCGUGUGGGAUCUGGAGCAAGAGAUGAACCGUGCGUGUGUCAGUUUGUUACCUCUUGAUUUUGUUCAGAGCCUGCUCAAUGCCAGGCCGAAUAAGAGUAGUGUUAGCUGUGGUUACUCAUACGGUUUUGACGCUAGCCAUGGCUUGUGGUUUUGUCCUUCAGUGUGCACUCAAAUAAAGCAGUUUCAGUUAUCUUCUGAA